AUGUCAGAAACGACUACGUUUAAAAUACAAUUUCCCCGAGAAUUUGCACAGGAGACGUCAAAAGCUCACUUCAAUGAGUCUAAAAAUUUGUUCCAAGACUUUGACUUGAACAUUGGCUGGUCAUUAGCAACCGAAAACUCGUAUAAGCCCAACAAAGGAAGACUUUCUAGGCUUAUGACAGAUGACGAUCACGAACAUGACCGCCGUAUUGUAAAGUCAUGCUUGGGAGCAACUGAAUGUAUUAAAAGCAGUUGUCCAUUUUAUUUAAAGGCAACUAGACCUCUUACCAGAGAGGCUGCUAUAAAACAAAGUAAAUGUCAUCACUGCGACACGCUUUUGAGCUGGAUUAAAUGUGAAGUAAAAGUAGAGUAUCUCUUCAAAGUAAAAGCCAGGACUUGUACCAUGAUGCAUAUGAUAAACAAGGAUUGCAGAAUAAGACACACCCAUGUUGUAUACAAUUCUAAGCAUCUUUCUAUGACAGAAAAGUUAGAACUCGAUAAAAUUUUGGAAAAGAAUCCUACCAUGACGCCCACUACUGCAGUUGCCGGUCGUCAAGAUAUUAAGUCUAUUCAAAACAUUAAUCCAAUUCUUGGAAAUAAAGAACGUGCUAAGAUGGAGCUGAAAAAGUCAAGAAUCAGACAGGGACUUGAAAGCAAAAGCAAUGGCGACUUUUUCGAAGAGUUCAAUAAAAUCGAAAAUGACUUUCCUAAUUUAAUUAACCAUGCACAAGUGAUGAGUUCUGAAUUUUGCAUUAUCUUUUCCUCUCCUGAAAUGACAAAAUUCAAGUUGCCCUUUGACAAGCACCCCAUUAUCACGGAUGUUACUUACAAAGCGGUGUCCUCCGGUUAUUAUUUGGUCUCAUCCGUCAUCUCUGUUGAAGAAAUGAAAAAGCAUGUGGUGUUUUUUCAAGCUGUCAUCAAGCACCAAACCGCCGAACAAUUUGCCUUCUACUUCAAGGCGUUGUUUAAGAAGUACAUAUGCAAUUAUUUCUCUAAAGCUGAGCAACGAGGUUUUCAACAAGCCUGCGAAGAGCAUUUCAAUAUGGACGAUAAAUCUUCUUUGUCAUUAAUUAAAGGAUGUUAUUUUCAUUGGAUGCAAUCUGUCCAAAGAAUUAUCAAAAUCCAGAGAAUUGUUCCUGCCGCAGGAAAUGCCCUCCUUCAGAUUAUGAAAGUUGCGCAGGUUUAUGGAAACGAAUUGGCCAACUACUAUGAAAAUGGAAUCAGUCCUGUUUACGGGUCUAAAAAAAGAAAGACUCAAAGUAAAAGACUUAUAAUAACUUUGUACGAAGCAUCUGAUAGUAGACCACCAGAUAACAUUAAUGCCAUCUACGGUGAUAAAUCCAGCAGAAAUAUUAAGAAGAGAAGUUUGGACAGUGCUGUUGAAGAAAGCACCAACUUUUACGAGAUUUUUGGUGUAGAUAAAGAUGCAAACAGUCACCGUAUUGAAGAGAAAAAUAAGAUGGAAGAUGGUAUCACGGCUUUCUUUUCGACAUAUGACGAUGAUCUUCCAUAUGAAUUGAAUGAUCGUCAACAUAACGGUGACUACGAAGUCACAUCCGAUGGAGAUUAA